AGAGAGAGAGAGAGAGAGAGAGAGAGAGAGAGAGAGAGACAGAGAGAGAGAGAAACAGAGAGAGAGAAGCCAAAAAGGAGGGGGGCUCUGUAGAAAAACAGACUAAGGGGCUGUAGAGGUGACAGAGUCGGUGUUAAGACUAUGACAGAGCUGGAGGAAACAUGUUCAGGUGUUCAGCUUUUAUCAAUGGACUCUAAACAAAAAGGUAACAAAGUCUGCAUCUGUAGCGUAUGAAUUAACUAAACGGUGGAAACCCUUGAUAAAGUUUGGACACUUAUACUGUGCUCAUUAGGGACACGGUUACUAAAGAGGAACUUUUCUUAGAGUUCGGGCUACCUGCUAAUUCUCCGGUGAAUGAGCACGUCACGUAUUGGUAUGCUUCAAAACAACAUCCACUGCAGGGGAAACGUCUCUGACAGAAGAUCGUGAGGAGGAGAGAGAGAGGGGGGGGACAACGACAAGGGAAAAAUAUCCAUGGAUUUUGUCAUGAAUUUAUUCACUGAAGAGCCUUAAAUCAAACCUUCACGAGAAGGCAAGGGAUUUAAAGGAGGAAAGAGCGAGAGAGAGAGAGAGAGAGAGAGAGGUGGAGAUCAACGCAUUUAUCUGAAACAGAGACCAUUCUUGUAAGGGUGCUACGGACUGCAGUAUGAUUCUCCCUGUGGUUUUUCCUCUGGUGCUGCUGCUGGUCUGCGGACCGGGCUGCACACUGCAGGCGGAGGCCGAGGAGUUGGAGAGUAUCGAUGAGGUUCUGGAGCGGGAGUUCCUCUUCGCCGGACGCACCAAGCGUGCUGUGUCAGCGGAAGCCUCCUCGCAAGUAGACAAGUGCUCCUACACUUUUAUCGUCCCCCAGCAGAAGCAAACCGGCGCCAUCUGCGUUAACUCCAAGGAGCCCGACAGCCUCCUCGAGAACCGGGUCAACAAACAGGAGCUGGAGCUACUGAACGGCGAGCUUCAGAAGCAGCGGCGACAGAUGGAGUCGCUGCAGCAGCUGGUGGAGGUGGACGGCGGCAUCGUCAACGAGGUCAAGCUCCUGCGCAAGGAGAGCCGCAACAUGAACGCUCGCGUCACGCAACUCUACAUGCAGCUGCUACACGAGAUCAUCCGCAAGCGCGACAACGCCCUGGAGGUGUCUCAGCUGGAGAAUCGCGUGCUCAACCACACCUCUGAGAUGGGUCGGCUGGCUUCGCGCUACCGUGACCUGGAGCACAAGUACCAGCACUUAUCCGCCCUCGCCGGCAACCAGAGUGCCAUCAUCGUGCAGUUGGAGCAGCAUUGCCGCCGAGGGGGCCACUCGUAUGGGGGAGAGAGAGAAAGGUCUCGUCCUGUUCGCCCUCAGUCCCCCGUGGUGCCACAGCAACCUACGCAGCAGAGGCCGGUAGCGCCACCAGUGGCUAGUAAACCCUACCAUCCACCCACAUACACCCGCAGCAACCAGAUCACCAAUGAAAUCCAGAGCGACCAGAACUCCAAAGCGUUGCCACCUCCACUGCCCACCAUGCCCAGUGGCACUCACCAGCCAUCCACCACAAACAAGCCCUCAGGUGAGAACCUUCCCCGGCACUAACCAGCCAUCCACCACAAACAAGCCCUCAGGUGAGUACCUUCCCCAGCCAUCCACCACAAACAAGCCCUCAGGUGAGUACCUUCCCCAGCCAUCCACCACAAACAAGCCC